AGAGGAUCAGACGAGCUUUUCUCCUGCGUCUCAAACGGACCCUAUAUAAUGACCAGCGCAGCAGGUUAGUGUUGAAACCUCCAUUUUGUUUUAAUAUCAAAGAAAUAAACAAACUUUUUAAAUCUAUUUCAGCAGCAUCUCCAAAAGGGCGUACAUCCAAACUGUGCUCUCCAUUUCUUCCACAGCCAAUGGCAAUGACAGCAAGAAGUUCAAAGGUGACAUAAGGAGCCCGGGCAUCCCGUCGCGUGUCAUCCACAUGCGCAAGCUCCCCAAUGACAUCAACGAGGCUGAGGUCAUCUCCCUGGGCCUGUCCUUUGGUAAAGUCACCAACCUGCUCAUGCUCAAAGGAAAGAACCAGGUAAGUGUUCUCACAUGCGUUUCUAUUCCAGAACUAGCACACCUGAUUCAAGCCCAGGGGCUAGAGCAAAAGUGUGAAAUGUCUGGGGGGUCCCCGAGAAGAGGUUUAAGAACCACUGGCUCAUUAGUAGUAGUAUGAAUCAUAGUUGUAACUACUUAAUGCACUAGUAGUAACCAAGUGUUAUCCAGAGCGGAACAUAAACAUGUAGUAGUGCUGAUCAGAAAUUCUCCUGUGUGUCCAGGCCUUCAUAGAGAUGAACACGGAGGACGCGGCCCAGGCCAUGGUCAGCUACUACUCCUCUGUGACGCCAGUCAUCCGCAAUCACCCCAUCUUCCUGCAGUACUCCAACCACCAGGAGCUCAAGACUGACAACUCCCCCAACCAAGUGGUGAGUCACGUUACUGUAGUGUACAUCCUUGUCAACUGUUCACAACCCUUUUAUCUGCUCAGGCGUACUCUUCUGAAAGGCUGUAAGAGAAGUUGUAGGCCUACAUAUGGACUCUACUCAAGGACUCUUCAUUCAGGUUGUUUUUUUUGUAGGAAGCUCUGAGCAAAGAGUGUUUGAUGCUUAGAGCCAACAUGAAAUGGGUUUCCUCGACAGUGGACUAGUUUGCUGUGGUUUUUCUUUAGAGGUAUUUUGAACCGGCCAUGAAAGCUAUGGGCUCUAGUUCGCCCCUCUUUCCUGUAUUGCUGGGUCAGAAUGACUCAUUUUGGAAAUUGUCUGUUCUUGCCAGGGCUUGUGUGGUUGCACAAGCAAACCACCUGUCUACUUGUCAGCAUCAUAGCUGACUUCAGCCAAUCAGAAUUAACAGAUUUUCCAUGUUGGCGAAAAUGGAGCUGUCGGCAUUCGACUGGUAAUUUUGUUAAACUUCUACCUCCUUUUGCAGUGUUUCACAAGCUUAAAGGCUUGUUUACCUUUCCCUGCAUAUCUUGUGGUUGAGUGUGGUGUGUAUCAUGCACACUCCCCUAUUCUAAACACCGUUUCCUGGGAGACUGCAUGCCAAUGGCGACCAAUGGAAGCCACAGCUGUGCUCUCUCUGCUCCCCCUCAAAUGACUCAUCACUUAGUCUUAUCUGCUCAUUGGCUAAUACAGUGAACAUAAACACUGCUGCUGCAUUCCAAGAUGUUUGUGUUUUCUCCAUGGAGUGUUUUUCUUCCCACCAGGUGUAUUACACUCACAAAUGGGCCCCAGAGUUUCAACUGAUGUGUGUACAAACAUGUCAUUUUUUUACUCCCCCAAAACGUUUUUUACAGCCAUUUCUCUCGUAAAUGUCGAGCAACUAGGAACUUGGCCUAUAUUGCUAACCUGAGUUUAUUCAGUGAGGUGAAACGCAAAGAACUUAGCUUAUUUAAAUGUUUUGUGUAGAACACAGAUGACUAUCUGUGGGAGUCAUGUCAGCUCUACUCGUUACAUUUCUACCUGAACUUUCAUGUGGAAUUCCACUUGGUUCUCACCUCUUCCGCUGAACCACCCUCCUCUCUUCCCCUCCCAACAGAGAGCCCAGGCGGCACUGCAGGCGGUGCAGACGGGGGGCAUGCCCAUGGCAGGGGUGGACGCCUCGGCCGGCAUGGGCGGGGCCAGCCCCGUGCUGCGUGUCAUAGUGGAGAACCUCUUCUACCCCGUCACCCUGGACGUGCUGCAUCAGGUAACACACACCGUCUUAUAACACACUUCACUACAUGUAUGAAUGUAUAGGUCUAAGUUUGUAUUCCCCCUGACCAUGCCGUCGUCGCACGCAGAUCUUCUCCAAGUUCGGCACGGUGCUGAAGAUCAUCACUUUUACCAAAAACAACCAGUUCCAGGCCCUGCUGCAGUACUCUGACGGCCUGACCGCUCAGCACACUAAACUUGUGAGUGGCGCCCUCUACCUGUCACACUAAUACACAGCACUUCAUUGUAUUCUUAGAUCCUAACUUGAAUGUGUUUAAAUGUAUAGAGUAUGGGGGAAAGGAAUAGGAAUGUGCAAAUCGUUGAUAUUUGGACACAUUUAUGCAUAUUUUAAUGUUGAAACUGUUGCCCUGUGAUGAAGUCUUUAGACGGGCAGAACAUCUACAACGCCUGCUGCACCCUCCGCAUCAACUUCUCCAAGCUGGCCAGCCUGAACGUGAAGUACAACAACGACAAGAGCCGGGACUACACGCGUCCCGACCUGCCCACGGGGGACAGCCAUCCCUCAAUCGACCACCAGGCUAUGGCUGCAGCCUUCGGUGAGUACUAUGGUAAAUAUGUUUUAAAAUACUUCCAUCCUUCCUCGCUUCUCAAUUAGACACGACUGGACAGGUGGGGAGCUACACUACAUGUCAUUCCAAAAUCAUGGGCAUUAAUAUGGAGUUGGUCCCCACUUUGCUGCUAUAACAGCCUCCACUCUUCUGGGAAGGCUUUCCACUAGAUGUUGGAACAUUGCUGCAGGGACUUGCUUCCAUUCAGCCACAAGCGCAUUAGUGAGGUAGGGCACUGAUGUUGGGCAAUUAGGCCUGGUUCGCAGUCGGUGUUCCAAUUCAUCCCAAAGGUGUUCAAUGGGGUUGAGAUCAGGGCUCUGUGCAAGCCAGUCAAGUUCAUCCACACCGAUCUCGACAAACCAUUUCUGUAUGGACCUCGCUUUGUGCACGGGGCAUUGUCAUGCUGAAACAGGAAAGGGACUUCCCCAAACUGUUGCCACAAGGUUGGAGGCACAGAAUAAUCUAGAAUGUCAUUGUAUGCUGUAGCGUUAAGAUUUCCCUUCACUGGAACUAAGGGGCCUAGCCCGAACCAUGAAAAACAGCCCCAGACCAUUAUUUCUCCUCCACCAAACUUUACAGUUGGCACUAUGCAUUGGGGCAGGUAGCAUUCUCCUGGCAUCCGCCAAACCCAGAUUCGUCCGUCGAACUGCCAGAUGGUGAAGCGUAAUUCAUCACUCCAGAGAACGCAUUUCCACUGCUCCAGAGUCCAAUGGCGGCGAGCUUUACACCACUCCAGCCAACGUUUGGCCUUGCGCAUGGUGAUCUUAGGCGUGUGUGCGGCUGCUCGGCCAUGGAAACACAUUUCAUGAAGCUCCAGACAAACAGUUAUUGUGCUGACGUUGCUUCUGGGGGAAGUUUGGAGCUUGAGUGUUGCAACUGAGGACAGAUGAUUUUUACGGGCUACGCGCUUCAUCACUUGGCGUUCCUGUUCUGUGAAUUUGUGUGGCCUACCACUUCAUGGCUGUACCGUUGCUCCUAGACGAUUCCACGUCACAAUAACAGCACUUACAGUUGACCGGGGCAGCUCUAGCAUGGCAGAAAUAUUACGAACUGACUUGUUGGAAAGCUGCCAUCCUAUGACGGUGCCACAUUGAAAGUCACUGAGCUCUUCAGGAAGGCCAUUCUACUGACAAUGUUUGUCUAUGGAGAUUGCAUGGCUGUGAGCUCAACUUUAAAUACCUGUCAGCAACGGAUGAGGCUGAAAUAGCCGAAUCAUCUACUAAUUUGAAGGGGUGUCCACAUACUUUUGUGUGUGUAUAUAAAUAUAGUAGAUAUGGCUGAACCUGUCUGAUAAUUUUCAACAUUUUUAUAUUUGUAUAAUUUAUAUUACAUUUAUAAAUUCAACCAAUCGAUUAACACUCCUCUGUAUCCACAUGUUUUUCUCCAGGUCCUCCCGGGAUUAUUCAGCCAACCCAUAUGCGGGAGCUCACGCCUUCUCCCCAGCCUUCACCAUUCAGCAAGCUGCAGGUUAGUCGGCUCCUCCUCUGUGACGCUCACCUUGCUCCUGACCAACAUUGAUGGAUUGUACUUAGACUUUUUCACUAGAGCUUUACAUUUAAAGGGGUAAACUGGCCUCAUCCACUACCAUUGAGUGGCGACACUACGACUACUUUGAUACUUUUGCAGACCUUGACCUAUGAGCAGAUUAGCAGUCAAGUGCUGGGUGGCUUCCUGUACAGCUGUUUAUCAACCCAUUUCAGAGCUUGUGCACUGAUUGUUAUCCCGCUCCGUUUGCUUCCCUCCGCAGGCCUGACGAUGCAGGGGGUUCCAGGAGGCCUGGCCCAACUGACCAUGCCUGGGGCUGCAGUCAGAAUGGGCUUCCACCAACUCACCAGUGGCCACUGUGUCCUGCUGCUCAGUAACCUCAACCCAGAGGUUAGUCCUGCCUUGCCUCCCUCCCAGGUGAACUGAGUCUCCAGCUGUGAAGCUUCUCUAUAGACGUGGGUUUCCUUCCUAUUUCCUACCAUGCUCCCCAAAGUGUGUACUUGGUCACUCCUCCCUCAUGCGUUUUUAAAAGAAGUUGAUUGUCAUAAUCCUGGGCUACUCUACACCAUAUUGUAGAGUAUCCCAUUGUCCCACCAGUUAAUUUUUUUAAAAUCCAUGCGAGGAAGUGAGUGAGUGCACACUUUGGGGAAAAGGGUAGAGAAUUGGACUGCAGCAAGUAUUUGGAGAGCGCUGCUUCAGUGGGUCCGCAUGCCAAGUACAUUGGGCUGUGUAUUAUAUGCUGACACUCAGUGUAACAACAUUUAUGUUAAUGUUCCACUUCUAUUGAAAAUGUUUACAGUUAAGCCCUCCCCCUUCUCUCACACACACACACACACACACACACACACACACACACACACACACACACACACACGCAUUAAGUCAUGCCUAGGUGAUAUGCAGUAGUAUAGAGUUGGGGCGAUAUUACGAUAGCAUCUUCUAUCGUCGAUGGUGACAACCUCGUGAUGUGACAGAUUAUGGUUUAGCCUAUUUGAACUUGACUGGACCUCAACAGGAAUGUAGGCCAGACAGAGCGGCUAAUUCACCAAAGCAGCGCAAAAAUGUUUCUCUGUCGGAUGCCUGGGCAUUUAGGCUAUAGCCUAAACCUAUUCAUUUUUUUACAUAACGGACACUUCUUAACUACCUUUUCUAGCUUAUUACCCAAAUACAUAUAUUUUAGCCUACGAAGGUGUUGUCCCGAAGUUGUUGUGGCUCUCAAAAAUAACAAGAAUGAAAGUCUAUAGCAUAGGCUAUUCUCAAUGACAGCUUUAUGAGAGAGAGAGAACAAACAACAUUUAUUUUUCUAUUGUUUCAUGAGGCAAAUAAAGCAAUUAUGAAAACGGUAGACUGCUUCUAUCCAGCCCAUAAUGUAGGCCUAUAACCUAACUCGCUACGGUAAGACAUUAACUGUUCUAUCAUAUUUUGCUCUUCCACCAGAAAGGAAUAUUAGAAAAUAUUUAACAUUGCCUGCGCUUGCAUUCGAUUUCGCGCUUUAGCCCAACUGUCGUUAAAUAAUUGGGGGGUGGCCAAUGGGGACGAUAGCAUCGUAUUUCAAAACUGUGUGAAAUGUCUAUUAAUGUUCAAUUUGUCAACAUAAUGUUACCAGUCCCUCUUCAUCUACUAAACCAUUCCCAUAACCCAUCACACUCAUGUAGAGCUUUUUUUAAAUCCGAUUUAGAGACAAUAUUGCUUUUAUCUUUAGCAUGGCCUUCAGCUUAAGCCCAACCAAUAUUUCUACAGUCAUUAAUUUAAAGAGCUUAUCUGUUCAUGUUAAUACCAAUGGUACACUUAAACUCAGACAGACUUAUAGAAUAAAUAUUGUCUCAGCCUCAUGUGUAUCAUUCCUCCUAGUUUCAUUGUAGGUUGAGUAAUCUUUACAUGAUUUAAACCCUUUUUAAAGCACAUUCUAUAUUGGAUGGAACCACUUCAUAUUUCUUUGUAUAUUGACCUUGUUUUUUUUACCUCCUUUUUCUUGUUUCUCUCCCUCCCCAUUCCCCCUCUCUCACCCUCUUUUUUUGUUUUUGUUUUAACCUGGAAACCUUUUAUUUAUUUUUGUUGCCAAACUGACUGCACGCCCCAUGUAUCCCCCUCCCACCUUUCUCUGAACCAUUACACCACAUCUUCAAUACACACCACAUGCAUAAAUGCAUAUAAACAUAUCCACUCAUCUCUGCUCAUAUCAUGUCACAUAAACCACCUCCACCCCUUCUUCUCUCCUGUCCAAUUUAUUAACCCUCCUCAUGAUCCAACCCCCGUGGAACUGCCUCCGCUGUGGAUGAUAUGUUGAACCUCCACUCUCCUGCCUCCGAUCUUUUUCCUGUCCCUUCCUCCCUCCGCUGCCUUCCUCUGCUGUCUUAUAAAGAGAGUUACACCCCAAUGCCUCUUUAUUCUUUUCGGUAUGUUGUCAUUGGCACCUUUUUUUAUUAUUACUACUUGUUUGUUCUGUUCAGUUUAUAAAAAAAUUAUUUCAUAACCAGUUUGUUUCAAAUGUUUUGAGUUUCUAGUUUUGGUUUCAUGAGUUUUGUGUGUUAGUUUUAGAAACUUGGUGAAAAGUUGCAGCAUUUUCAGUGUUUGUGUCCACGGGCUUACAGUGAGGGACAAAAGUAUUUGAUCCCCUGCUGAUUUUGUACGUUUGCCCACUGACAAAGAAAUGAUCAGUCUAUAAUUUUAAUGGUAGGUUUAUUUGAACAGUGAGAGACAGAAUAACAACAACAAAAAAUCCUGAAAAAACGCAUGUCAAAAAUGUUAUAAAUUGAUUUGCAUUUUAAUGAGGGAAAUAAGUAUUUGACCCCCUCUCAAUCAGAAAGAUUUCUGGCUCCCAGGUGUCAUUUAUACAGGUAAUGAUCUGAGAUUAGGAGCACACUCUAAAAGGGAGUGCUCCUAAUCUCAGCUUGUUACCUGUAUAAAAGACACCUGUCCACAGAAGCAAUCAAUCAAUCAGAUUCCAAACUCUCCACCAUGGCCAAGACCAAAGAGCUCUCCAAGGAUGUCAGGGACAAGAUUGUAGACCUACACAAGGCUGGAAUGGGCUACAAGACCAUCGCCAAGCAGCUUGGUGAGAAGGUGACAACAGUUGGUGUGAUUAUUCGCAAAUGGAAGAAACACAAAAUAACUGUCAAUCUCCCUCGGCCUGGGGCUCCAUGCAAGAUCUCACCUCGUGGAGUUGCAAUGAUCAUGAGAACGGUGAGGAAUCAGCCCAGAACUACACGGGAGGAUCUUGUCAAUGAUCUCAAGGCAGCUGGGACCAUAGUCACCAAGAAAACAAUUGGUAACACACUACGCCGUGAAGGACUGAAAUCCUGCAGCGCCCGCAAGGUCCCCCUGCUCAAGAAAGCAUGUAUACAGGCCCGUCUGAAGUUUGCCAAUGAACAUCUGAAUGAUUCAGAGGAGAACUGGGUGAAAGUGUUGUGGUCAGAUGAGACCAAAAUGGAGCUCUUUGGCAUCAACUCAACUCGCCGUGUUUGGAGGAGGAGGAAUGCUGCCUAUGACCCCAAGAACACCAUCCCCACCGUCAAACAUGGAGGUGGAAACAUUAUGCUUUGGGGGUGUUUUUCUGCUAAGGGGACAGGACAACUUCACCGUAGGUCAAAGGGACGAUGGCGGCGCCAUGUACCGUCAAAUCUUGGGUGAGAGCCUCCUUCCCUCAGCCAGGGCAUUGAAAAUUGGUCGUGGAUGGGUAUUCCAGCAUGACAAUGACCCAAAACACACGGCCAAGGCAACAAAGGAGUGGCUCAAGAAUAAUCACAUUAAGGUCCUGGAUUGGCCUAGCCAGUCCCCAGAUCUUAAUCCCAUAGAAAAUCUGUGGAGGGAGCUGAAGGUUCGAGUUGCCAAACGUCAGCCUCGAAACCUUAAUGACUUGGAGAAGAUCUGCAAAGAGGAGUGGGACAAAAUCCCUCCUGAGAUGUGUGCAAACCUUGUGGCCAACUACAAGAAACGUCUGACCUCUGUGAUUGCCAACAAGGAUUUUGCCACCAAGUACUAAGUCAUGUUUUGCAGAGGGGUCAAAUACUUAUUUCCCUCAUUAAAAUGCAAAUCAAUUUAUAACAUUUUUGACGUAUUUUUCUGGAUUUUGUUGUUGUUAUUCUGUCUCUCACUAUUCAAAUAAACCUACCAUUAAAAUUAUAGACUGAUCAUGGCUUUGUCAGUGGGCAAACGUACAAAAUCAGCAGGGGAUCAAAUACUUUUUUCCCUCACUGUAUAUAGAUAUUUCUGACUAGUGUCUUUUAAUACUAUCGACCAAUUUCAUGACCUGAAAACCAAUGAAUAUACAGUGGGGGAAAAAAGUAUUUAGUCAGCCACCAAUUGUGCAAGUUCUCCCACUUAAAAAGAUGAGAGGCCUGUAAUUUUCAUCAUAGGUACACGUCAACUAUGACAGACAAAAUUAGAGAAAAAAAUUCAGAAAAUCACAUUGUAGGAUUUUUAAUGAAUUUAUUUGCAAAUUAUGGUGGAAAAUAAGUAUUUGGUCACCUACAAACAAGCAAGAUUUCUGGCUCUCACAGACCUGUAACAACUUCUUUAAGAGGCUCCUCUGUCCUCCACUCGUUACCUGUAUUAAUGGCACCUGUUUGAACUUGUUAUCAGUUUAAAAGACACCUGUCCACAACCUCAAACAGUCACACUCCAAACUCCACUAUGGCCAAGACCAAAGAGCUGUCAAAGGACACCAGAAACAAAAUUGUAGACCUGCACCAGGCUGGGAAGACUGAAUCUGCAAUAGGUAAGCAGCUUGGUUUGAAGAAAUCAACUGGGAGCAAUUAUUAGGAAAUGGAAGACAUACAAGACCACUGAUAAUCUCCCUCGAUCUGGGGCUCCACACAAGAUCUCACCCCGUGGGGUCAAAAUGAUCACAAGAACGGUGAGCAAAAAUCCCAGAACCACACGGGGUGACCUAGUGAAUGACCUGCAGAGAGCUGGGACCAAAGUAACAAAGCCUACCAUCAGUAACCCACUACGCCGCCAGGGACUCAAAUCCUGCAGUGGCAGAUGUGUCCCCCUGCUUAAGCCAGUACAUGUCCAGGCCCGUCUGAAGUUUGCUAGAGUGCAUUUGGAUGAUCCAGAAGAGGAUUGGGAGAAUGUCAUAUGGUCAGAUGAAACCAAAAUAGAACUUUUUGGUAAAAACUCAACUCGUCGUGUUUGGAGGACAGAAUGCUGAGUUGCAUCCAAAGAACACCAUACCUACUGUGAAGCAUGGGGGUGGAAACAUCAUGCUUUGGGGCUGUUUUUCUGCAAAGGGACCAGGACGACUGAUCCGUGUAAAGGAAAAAAUGAAUGGGGCCAUGUAUCGUGAGAUUUUGAGUGAAAACCUCCUUCAAUCAGCAAGGGCAUUGAAGAUGAAACGUGGCUGGGUCUUUCAGCAUGACAAUGAUCCCAAACACACCGCCCGGGCAACGAAGGAGUGGCUUCGUAAGAAGCAUUUCAAGGUCCUGGAGUGGCCUAGCCAGUCUCCAGAUCUCAACCCCAUAGAAAAUCAUUGGAGGGAGUUGAAAGUCCGUGUUGCCCAGCGACAGCCCCAAAACAUCACUGCUCUAGAGGAGAUCUGCAUGGAGGAAUGGGCCAAAAUACCAGCAACAGUGUGUGAAAACCUUGUGAAGACUUACAGAAGACGUUUGACCUGUGUCAUUGUCAUUGCCAACAAAGGGUAUAUAACAAAGUAUUGAGAAACUUUUGUUAUUGACCAAAUACUUAUUUUCCACCAUCAUUUGCAAAUAAAUUCAUUAAAAAUCCUCCAAUGUGAUUUUCUGGAUUUUUUUUUCUCAUUUUGUCUGUCAUAGUUGACGUGUACCUAUGAUGAAAAUUACAGGCCUCUCUCAUCUUUUUAAGUGGGAGAACUUGCACAAUUGGUGGCUGACUAAAUACUUUUUUCCCCCACUGUAUAUCUGUUUUUUUUAAUCUGAGUUUACUAUUCCCUUAACCAUAGUGGAAAUUACAAGACUGCACGUUGUGCAUUUGAAUUGAUAAGAAUAUCUUGUGGGAAAUUCUGUGAGAUGCUGUAACUUCCAUCAGAUUUUAUUAUUUGUCUGUUCAGUCAUAGUUUUUAUGGUAAAUUUGCAUGCUGGAUUUUUUCAUUUUGCAUGCCCUUUAUGAACGCUGUAUCAAUUGCUUUUGGUUAAUGGUCAAGACUCCCAUUAUUUGUGCAGAGUACAUAUGGCCAAUUUUGCAUUCCUUUAUUAAGCGUCUUCAAUGUUAUUCACCAAUUCAUCAGGAGGGGUCACUUUGUAGAUGCACAAGUCAUUUCCUCCUUGAUAAACUACAUAAAACCCUAAUUUUCCCUUUCCCUUAUUCCGUCCAAGUGUAGCUACAUUUUGCAGUUCCACCACCUUUCUCUUUGAGAAUUUAUUUAAACCAAUGUACAAAUGGUAGCCUACACUUUGAUAAAAAAAAAAAAAAAAUGGACAAUUCUGGUAUAGUUAAGUCAAACAUGCUGUACCUCUGAGUAAUUUACCAAUUCCCACUAGUGACCAUGAUGCAACAUUCCAAUGAUCAGUGGCUUCAGUCGCUCAUGUUAGAAUGAAUUUCACCCCCUUCUCAUUUGACUAAAUGGAGGAGCAUCUUGAUUGUGAACUGAAGUUAUUCAUAUACACAAGCUUCCCCAUGGGGCCCAGAUAGGUGUUAACCAAAUCUUAAAGGUGCCCAAAGACAUGGUUUUAUUGGUUUCAAACAGUUGUUCCCCCCCCCCCCCCCCCCCCCAAUCUUUGAAGGUGUAUAUGGUGAUGUAAUGAGAGUGAAGAUCCUGUUCAACAAGAAGGAGAACGCUCUGAUCCAGAUGUCUGAUGGGACUCAGGCGCAGCUAGGUAAGGCCCGCUAAACUUUCCUGGAAAGGAAUAAUCCAGGAAAAGUAGCGCCAAACGAAACCAUGUGUAGGGAGCGAUGUGCAUCUGGAAAUUAUGCUAAUGGUAAUAAUAAGGUUUUCUAGAUGUCCGCUUUAGCGAUGGAAAUUUGCCAGCGUGUUGAGUACACCCAUACACUGAUUAGAAGACUCACACUGCUUAACCUCUGCUUCCAACAGCAAUGAGCCACCUGAAUGGCCAGAGACUCCACGGGACAGCGCUGCGAAUCACCCUGUCCAAACACACCAACGUUCAGCUGCCCCGCGAGGGCCACGAGGACCAGGGCCUGACCAAGGACUACAGCAACUCCCCCCUGCACCGCUUCAAGAAGCCUGGCUCCAAGAACUACUCCAACAUAUUCCCUCCCUCAGCCACCCUGCACCUCUCAAACAUCCCGUAAGUAGACCGGAGGUGUUUCUGCUGGAAUGAGCCCACUGAUGCGUUCGAUAGCUGCUAGUCCUCAGGUACCACUUUCAUGGUAUGGAAAAACUCAGCCAAUUGCCACGGUAUGUAUUGGUGAACUACUGCUAAAGUCUUCUCUAGUUUUAAAAUUGUGUCUUUCUUUUUAGUCCCUCUGUGGUUGAGGACGACCUUAAGAUGCUGUUUGCGAGCUCUGGUGCAAUGGUCAACGCCUUCAAGUUCUUCCAGUAAGUUAUCUUUUCCCCUUUUCUAAAACCCAGCUAGGUUUAGUAUUUUUGUUAAAAUCGUUAUUCUUUUCUAUCUGGUUGUGUGGGUGAUGUUGCAUAUCGAACUGUAUGUCGAAUGUUUAAGAAAGGCUGCGUAUCUGACAGUGUUGGUGCAUUGUUUUUAGGAAAGACCGCAAGAUGGCCUUGGUCCAGAUGGACUCAGUAGAGGAGGCCAUUGAGUCCCUCAUCAAGUUCCACAAUCACGACCUGGGCGAGAACCACCACCUGAGGGUGUCCUUCUCCAAAUCCACAAUCUGA